AUGAAUAAUAGCUAUUUUAGGAUAUAUUUAUAUACUUUUAUAAUAUUAAUUAUAUCAUUAAAGUUUAAGUCAUAUUAUAAAGAAGGAGCUUAUAAUAAUGGGAAUCAUAAUAAAAUAUAUUUAGAUAAAUAUGCAAGAAUUUUGUCACAACAUAUUACAUAUGAACGAUUACAUAAUAGGUUAUCUACAUUAAAUGUACAAAAUAGUAAAGGAGUAAAUAAUGAAGAUAUAGUAGUUUCUAAAUUAAACGAUAAAAGAGUGGGCAAUAAAAUACUGGAUGAAAAAAAUAUGAUAGGUUAUAAUGCCUUAAAUGAUAAAUUAAAUAAGGAAUAUAAUAAAUAUCAUAAAAAAAAUAUCUCUUUAAAAAGAAAAAAAAAAAUAGUAACAAAAAAGGACGUAUUAUACAAAAUGAUAUUCAAAGGAAAAACCUUUUGGAAUAUUCUAAAAAAUGUUAUAGCGGGAUUGGGAUACACAUCCUUAAUUAGUCAUAUAGUUUUGUUGAUUUUAUCCCUUUUAAAACUAAAAACUGCUGCAAUAGCUUUGGUUAUCGUUUCUGAAGGAACUGCAUUAUUAAUAAUAAUCUUAUGUGUUCUUACUUGGUUACUUGUUACAUGGUUGUGGCCUUACAAAGAUGAAUAUAAUAGAAAGCAUAAGAAAUAA